AUGUCUCAACCUUCUCAAGGACUGACUCCAUCUAGCCAAUCACAAAGUGGAAGACAAAGAGCACCACAAUGUGUGAGAUGUGGUUCUCGAACUUGGAUGAGAGAUAGGAAUCGAGGUGUGAUGAUUUGUAGUGAAGGUCAUGUACUAGAAGGUUAUAUUCGAGAAAGUACAGUGCAAACUGAAAUCUCACAACAUUCUACACGAGUACGUAGAGUGAGAGUUGGAAAAGUGAAGAAAGAGUAUGUUCUGAAAGAUGUUUAUACCAAUGAACAUGAACGUUUGCUCUUAUUACAAAUCUAUACAAUCUUGAUUCGAAAGCAAACAGAGGUCUUGAUCAAGGUUCUUCGAGCACCACCCGUUCUCGAGAACGUAGUGAACUCACUUUGGAGAGCUUAUCUCAACACACUUUCACUUCCACCUAUCCGAUUACUUUCAUCAAGAUCAUUUUCACCUACUUCUAGUUGUUUUCCUACUCAUUCUCAAUCCGGUUAUUCAUCAGAAGAUUCUCGUUUCACAGAUGCUCGAUCUCGUUUUAGUAGUCCUGCUAUUCCACCUGAUGGAGAUUCUGGACUGCCUCUGACUCCAGAAACGCUUAAAGCAAUGACAGAAGAUGAAUUAAGUUCUUCAGAUGAUUCUGACCGACGAGCUCGCUUUCUUCCGCCUCAAUCUGAUGAUGAAUCACAACAUACUUCUCAAACUGGUGAUUCAAGAAGCGCUACUGGUAAGAAACGAAGACAAAGAAGGUUGAGUAAAGAACUCCCUAGGAUGGAUUCUACACUUGGGAUUCUUUAUUUGGCUUGUACUCGACUUCGACUUCCGAUCAUGAUGCACGAUUUGAUCAAUUUGAUUUGUAGUAAAGAAUUGCCUUAUAUUGGUUUUAUGUCCGAGAUUCCUGAUCAUCUGAAAGCCAAAGCAAGUCGUGCCACCAUUACACUUCUCUCGAUGCAAAGACCACCUAGACUUUAUCAAGGCUGUCAUCGCAAUGGACUUGCAUCAACAUGCUAUAAGCUUGCGAGUGAUCUUAGAAAACGUGAAGAAGAGCUACUUCCUACUAAAGAUUGUAUUAUCAAUGUACCCUUGAUAGCUCUUCGGUUUUCUCAAAUGUUACUUAUACCACCUCCUAUUCAUGCACUUGCAUUACAUAUCACAUCUAAACUUGAUCCAAUCUUCUUCGGUUUCAUCGGCUCAUCAAAAAUGAAACCAAAACCUGGAAGGAAAAAAGAAGAUACCGAUUUUCAAUUUCCACCUGAUUGGGUUUUGAUGGCUUGUUUAGUUUCAACUAUUCAAAUCGGUUUAGAAGGCAUUAAAAAUCAUCCAAAUCAUUCUGAUCCGGUUUAUGAACUUGUUAAGAAAUCUUUACCUAGACUUAAGAAUUGGAUAGAAGCUAUGGUUAGUUUGAGGAAUUCGAUUGAUCAUAAGAAUCCUCAAAGACUUUGCGGGUAA